AGUUCUCAGCUCGAGCUCUUCAUUCGUUUGCUUCGUCUUUGCUCGGGAAGAGGCAAUGCAUUCCACCAUGCUGCUGCUCGCCAUCGGCAUUGUUCUUGCGCUCGCACAGGGAGUCCAAGCCGGAGUUACCAGGCACUACAACUUCACGAUCCAAUCGCACAAAGUGAGCAAGCUCUGCAGCACCAAGCACAUAAUCUCAGUGAACCGAAAGUUUCCAGGACCAACGAUUCACCUCGACGAGGGCGAUCGCGUUGUCGUCAAAGUCACGAACCGAGUCCCACACAACAUGACCAUUCACUGGCAUGGAGUGAGGCAACUGCGAUCCGCCUGGUUUGACGGACCCGCCUACAUCACCCAGUGCCCGAUCCAGCCAAACCAGACGUUCACGUACAACUUCACGGUCACCGAGCAGCGAGGAACUCUGUGGUGGCACGCGCACAUCAACUGGCUGAGAGCAACCGUGCAUGGAGCCUUCAUCAUCCAUCCAAAGCCCGGCCUCGGCUACCCGUUUCCAAAGCCCGAGAAGGAAGUUCCACUCAUCUUCAGCGAGUGGUGGAAGAGCGACGUUCUCAAAGUCGUCAAGCAAGCGCUGGGAACCGGCGGCGGUCCAAACAUCUCGGAUGCCUUCACCAUCAAUGGAAAACCCGGGCCUCUCUACAAUUGCUCCUCCCAAGAUGUCUUCGUCCUCAAUGCUCUUCCUGGGAAAACUUAUCUCCUCCGGCUCGUGAACGCUGUCCUCAACACGGAGCUCUUCUUCGCCAUAGCCAACCACACUCUAACCGUGGUGGAAGCGGACGCUGGCUACGUCAAGCCUUUCAACACCAACGUCGUGGUGAUUGCUCCAGGGCAGACCAUGAACCUGUUGGUGACUGCCAACCAAGCUCCAGGACGCUACUUCAUGGCUGCUCACUCGUACGAGUCGGGCCAAAACGUAACCUUUGACAACACCACCGUCACCGCCAUUUUCCAGUACCAGCAAGCUUCUUCUUCGUCCCCCCCAGUUCUCCCGCCUCUCCCGUUUUUCAACGACACCAAACCAGUCACGGCCUUCAACAGUAAGCUGAGGAAGCUCGCAACUCCUGAGGAUCCCAUCGCGGUUCCACAGACUGUCGACCAGCACCUCUUCUUCACGGUUGGCCUGGCCGUCGAGAACUGUCCACCGGGAGCCUCAAACAAAACUUGCCAGGGACCGAACGGCGGAAGGUUUGCUGCGUCUGUCAACAACAUCACCUUCACGGUGCCAACAACGGCCAUUCUUCAAGCUCACUACUUCAACACCCCCGGCGUCUACAGCACUGAUUUCCCCAUCUCGCCUUUGGUGAAGUUCAACUACACGGGCCCGUCACUCAAGAACCUCAACUCCAUCAAUGGAACCCGGACGAAAGUAGCGGUCCUUCCUUACGGAGCCAAUGUCGAGCUCAUUUUGCAAGAUACCAGCAUCGUCACGACUGAAAGCCAUCCGAUCCACUUGCAUGGCUACAACUUCUACGUCGUUGGAACGGGGUUUGGAAACUACAACUCUUCCCUGGCGUCCACAUUCAACCUCGUUGAUCCACCGGAGAGGAACACUAUCGGAGUACCGGUUGGAGGAUGGGCCGCACUGAGAUUCAAGACAGACAAUCCAGGGGCUUGGUUCAUGCAUUGCCACUUGGAAAUCCACCAAUCUUGGGGACUGGAUGCAGCCUUUAUCGUCAACAAUGGAAAGGGUCCUUCGCAAUCACUACAGCCACCACCGGCAGAUCUUCCCAAGUGCUAAAAGCAGUAAAAUCGCUGCUUACACACGCAAAAGAGUAUGUUUUGUUUUGCUUGAAUCUUUUUUUGUAACAUCCAAGAUGUGAGAAAAUAAAGAACCAACUUGAGAUUA